AUGUCACCGCCUCUGCCGGCGUGGAGUUCCCAAGAGUGGGACGACUACGAAAAAAGUUUUUUCCGCCCAGAUCCGAUCCUCGACCGCGCGGAGGAGUUUGACCCGCUGCGGCCGCAAAGUGCUCUGCAGCGUGGAACCCGAAGGGUGCAGCCACCAAGCUGUCGAGGCCGUGAGUUUGAGCACGGCCACCGGCUUCCUCCCCAUCACCGGAUAGCACAGACCCGAUGGCUGCAUUUAGUUUCCAGGGUGCUGCGACACCACACCGGAUGGUGCAACUUCGAAGUGGACUACCGAGUCUAUGGCCCUGGAGUAACACGCAGGCAAGUUGAGAGAUGGGAAAGACGACAUGGAGAUGUGGAUACAGUGCGCGCGCGGCGGAGAGAGCUCCGGGAAGCCAUCAUAGAGGAACGCCGUGCGGAGAAGCUCCGCAUCAAGGAGGCUCGGAGAUCCGAGGGGCUCAAAGUCCAGGCCCAGGAGAGGCGUCAAUGUAAGGAAACAAGAAAACGCCACCGUCCACCACAUGCCGCAUGGCGGACACCCGAGCAUUUCCUCAUGGAUUCCUUUACCUUGCAUGGGCAAGAUGACGAUUGCGACCGUGCCAUGGCAGCGCAGCUGGGCUUGGAUGACGAAACCUACCGUCAGCUCAAGUCGCUCGAAGGGCGGGAGAUCCGACCGGAAGACUACGAUCUGCUCGGAAGGCUCGACGAAAACCUCAAGCGCGAAACAUUGGAAGGCAAAUGCCUCCAUGUCUUCCCGACAGAGGUCUAUGAGCUGGGUUCCAAGGAGCCCGCAUCUUGCGGUAUAUGCUUGGACGAGUUUGAGGCCGGAGAAGUUCUUCGAACACUGCUUCCUUGCGGCCAUCGAUUUCACAGGAGUUGUAUCGACCGCUGGCUCACAGAGACGUCCGCACUUUGCCCUGUGGACAAGAUCAACGUCGCUGAGUACCGGGCCUGCCUCGCAAGCUCUGGCGGCGAAGGAUUGAGUUGA